AUGACGAGCAAGGCGGGAGAUGUCGAUAAGGAAGGAAGUAGGGAUCUUAGACAAAAAAAGUUAGUGACAGAGGAUAAAUCUAAUGGUCAGAGAGUAUCGUUCAGACUAGAGGAGACGGAAAAAGUAAGUCGAUCGAACUCAGAUCACAUGCCCCUGGUCUUGGAGAUGAACAGAAGAAGAGUAAAGAAAAAUAAGGUCAUGGAAAAAGAAGAGGACAGAGAGAUAUACAGAUGGAGGGAAAAGGAUAUAAUGGUAUAUAAAGAGAGGACGGAGGAGAUAAACGAUGAAGAGGAGGCAAUAGUGGAGGAAUCUAUAGAAGAAAAAUGGAAGGUCCUAAAGGAAUUAGUACUUAAGUCAAUGAGGAAAAGAAAACUUAACAGAGAAAGAUAUAUAGAGGAGAGAAGAAAACUCAGGGAACAUUUAGAAGAAAAGAAGAAGCGAUGGAAAGAGAAGGAAGAGGAGGAGCUGAGAAAUCUAAAAUAUAAGGCGCAAGUAUGGAAAGUAAUAAAUAGGAAAAGAGGUAAAGGCAAUUGGAUUAAAAAUGAGAUCACUAAGGAGGAGUGA